UAAGGCAUCAUGGCCGCUGGGCAUAGAUAGGGAUACCGGAAGGGCCGAAGAGAAUCUUGUUUGUAGAGGACAGAGGGAGAGAAAAAAAAGAUAUCCAUCCUCUUGAUCCUGAUCUUGAUCUCUCCAUCUGAAUCUCCAUCUUGAUCUUCACCUUCAUCUUGACCUCUGAGCCGGGCCUCACUUACACCGAGUCUCUGCACCAAUCUUUCCCCUGUCCUACCAUCUCCACCACGCCACCAUCAUGAUCAUGGUCGUCCCAAACACAACCACCUCCUCCAAGGUGCGUUGCCGCCCUUGUAUGCUGCAGCUCGACGACCCUUCGCUACUGAAGGAGGCCUGCUACGUCAACGGCCAAUGGGUUGCUGCAAAGUCCGGCAAGGUCUUCAGCGUCGAGAACCCGGCGACCCAGGAAGAAGUGGCCCAGUGUCCCGAGUUCGACGCCCAGGAUACCGAGGCCGCUAUCGAAGCUGCCGCCGUCGCUUUUGCCUCGUACCGCAAGACCCCGGCUCGCCAGAGGGCCCGCCUGCUCCGCCGCUGGUAUGAUCUCAUGAUCGAGAACGCCGACGACCUGGCGCGUCUCAUCACCCUCGAGAACGGCAAGCCGCUGGCCGAGGCCAAGGGCGAGGUCACGUAUGCCGCCAACUUCUUUGAGUGGUUCUCCGAGGAGGCUCCUCGCAUCUACGGCGAGACCAUUGAGGCCAGCAACCCUUCGUGCCGCAUCGUCACCCUCAAGCACCCCGUGGGCGUCUGCGGUCUUAUCGCACCAUGGAACUUCCCGGCCGCCAUGAUCACUCGCAAGGUCGGCCCUGCGCUCGCCGCUGGCUGCUCCGUUGUUGUUAAAGCUCCCGCUGAGGCGCCCUUUACUGCCCUUGCCAUUGCUGAGCUAGCCCAUCGAGCCGGUAUUCCCGCCGGUGUGGUCAAUAUUAUUACUGCUUUGGAUAACACGGCUGAGGUUGGCAAGGUCCUGACCACUCACGCCGCUGUUAAGAAGGUUUCCUUUACCGGCUCUACUGGAGUAGGGAGAAUUCUCAUGAACCAGUCUUCGUCGACUAUUAAGAAGCUGUCUUUCGAGCUGGGCGGGAACGCUCCCUUUAUCGUCUUUGAGGACGCAGACCUGGAGGUUGCUGUUCGCGGCCUGAUGGCCUGCAAAUUCCGAAACUCCGGACAGACGUGCGUCUGCGCCAACCGCAUCCUGGUGCACCGCAGCAUUUAUGACAAGUUCGUCAAGAUGGUUCUCGACGUUGUCCAGACCUUUACCGUCGGCAACGGCUUUGUCGAGGGAACUACUCACGGCCCCCUCAUCCACGGCCGCGCCGUCGCCAAGGUCGAGGAGCACGUACAAGACGCCGUGGAAAAGGGCGCUCGUGUUCUCCACGGAGGCAAGCGUCUGCCGCAUCUCGGCGCCAACUUCUUCGGACUGACUGUCCUCACGGAUAUGAAGCCUGGUAUGAAGAUCUGCACCGAGGAGACUUUUGGCCCUGUCGCUGCCUUCUUUGCCUUUGAUACCGAGGAGGAGGCUAUUGAGAUUUCCAACGACACUGAUGUCGGUCUCGGAGGGUACUUCUUCAGCAAGGAUGUUAGUCGCUGCUGGCGAGUGGCUGAGGCCCUCGAUGUCGGCAUGGUCGGCGUCAACGUCGGCGUUUUGAGCGAUCCCGCUGCCCCAUUCGGCGGUGUAAAGCAGAGCGGUUUCGGCCGUGAGGGAAGCAAGUACGGCAUUGACGAGUUUACUGUGACCAAGAUGGUCAUGACUGGCAUUGACGCAUGAGUUUUCUUUGAGUUUUAGACGGAUUACGGAGGAUCAUGGAAUACCCAAGAGAUGUGCUUAGAGAGCCGAGCGUUGGUUCUAUAUAAUGCGAGAUAGAUGCGACAUGAAUAGUAGAACUUGCAAACCCACCAA